UGUCAAAUCAAGAAAUUGAGGUUAUGCAUUAUUCCGUUAAAUAGGCAAAAAUAAUGGCCGGUAAUUUCUGGCAAAGUUCCCAUCAUCAGCAAUGGCUCUUAGAUAAACAGGAUUUAAUCCGCGAAAGACAGCACGAUUUAUCCAUACUCACCGAAGACGAAUAUCAAAAGAUAUUUAUUUUCUUCGCUAGCGUGAUUCAAACUUUGGGCGAACAACUAAAACUACGUCAGCAGGUUAUAGCGACCGCGACCGUUUAUUUUAAACGAUUUUAUGCGAGGAACUCUUUGAAGUGUAUUGAUCCUCUUUUACUGGCGCCGACGUGUAUCUUUUUAGCGUCUAAGGUGGAGGAGUUCGGUGUGAUUUCUAAUUCAAGACUGCUAACAACUUGCCAGCAAGUUAUUAAGAAUAAGUUCAGUUACGCUUAUACCCAGGAAUUUCCCUAUCGUACCAACCACAUUUUAGAGUGCGAAUUUUACUUAUUAGAGAAUUUGGACUGUUGUCUAAUAGUAUAUCAGCCUUAUCGGCCACUGCUUCAGCUAGUACAAGAUUUGGGAAACGAGGACCAACUAUUUACUUUAGCAUGGCGUAUAGUGAACGAUUCACUUCGAACCGACGUUUGCCUGCUGUAUCCCCCUUAUCAAAUUGCAAUCGGCUGCAUCCAGUUUGCUUGCGUCAUCCUCCAGAAAGACCACAAAGUGUGGUUUGCAGAGUUGAAUGUCGAUAUAGAAAAAAUUCAAGAAAUAUGUAGGUAUAUAAUUAAUCUAUACGAAUUGUGGAAGCAAUACGACGAGAAGAAGGAGAUUCAAGGUUUACUCGCCAAAAUGCCGAAGCCGAAACCGGCACCACAAAGAUAGAUACAAGUAUUAUAAAUGCAUUCAUUUAAAUAAACGCUAGCUUCCUUUUG